AUUUUUUUUUUACCGCGAAUCGUUAAUGCCGUCUGCAGCUAACUGCAAUGUAAAUGUAUUUCCCGCGGCAACAGAACGUCAUUUGAGACGUUACUCGUGUGGCGAUCUAUCGAUGUUCACCGUUAACGUUUCGUCUUGUUUCAGGCACUUGACAUUUGCGAGCAGCCGACAGUCGUGGGGAUGGGAUGUGUAAACAGGAAACCAACAACAUCAACCUCGUGCACGUCAACAGUGUAGGGAUUUAGCGAGCACUUAGUAUGUCGCUCAAUGGCAGCCGCCUGAAACCCCCCAAUGGAAACGACUCUAAGGACCUCACGUGCAAGAUGGUGUUGCUAGGAAGACCCGGUGUGGGAAAAACAGCGUUAACUGUGAGGUUUCUAACAAGGCGAUUUAUUGGAGAAUACUGUCCCACACUAGAAAGUGUGUACAAGUGUCACACGCAGGUAGAUGACGACAAUGUCAGGCUAGACAUUCUCGACACGGCGGGACAGGCCCAAACUGGUUGGAAAGACGGAUACGCGAUGUGGGCGGACUGCUUUGUGUUUGUGUAUUCUAUAACGGACCGGGCGUCGUUUCUGGAAAUAUCCCAGCUGAAGCGACACGUGGAGACUGUGAGGAAGUCUUCUUCCAUCACCGGUAUUCUCGUGGGCAACAAGAUAGAUCUGCUCCACGAUCGACAAGUUACGGAAGCGGAAGCGGGUGAGCUAGCGGACGAACUGGGCUGUAGAUUCUAUGAGGUGUCCGCCGCGGACUGGACACAGGUCCUAACGAUCACCGACAUGUUUAAGGACCUGUUUAGGGACUUCAAGAGGACGAGAGGUACUCGUGAAGGCCGCCAUAGAAAGACGAGUUCGUCGAUGCGCUUCAAACAGGCCAUACAGAAAGUGAUUACGGGUAAAAGUGGCUCAAACCGCCGUGCAACGACCAUGUGACUCAUCACAUGACCAUUAUUCAUUAACGGGGAUGGAUGGAUGUAUAAUUUACUUCCGGAGUGAUGUCUCGUCUAUGUUGAAAGGAACAUCCGGUGAUGACGUCAUAUACAUCAGCUUUUCAUUCCGAUUUAAUGUUCAGUCUGAGUGUAGUAAUUGCUCUGUUUACGAUGGAGGGAAAAGGAAUGUUGGCUUAAAGAUACAAUCUCGUAGUUUUCAUGCCAUAGCACCGUCGCACCGUGCAGAACACAAACACAACUGCAUUAACAGGUGUGGGGUUUGUUUUAUUACUGUUACCUUGGUCAGUGGAGAACGGCCCCGCAUUUUGAUCGUUAGACCCAAAACACACCAAAGCUGGGCCUGGGUGUGGCAAGUGUGGUAACAGUCGAAAGAGAAAGUCGCAGAAUGUGACAAAAACACACCGAUCAGGCGAACAACGACAUUAACAAAUUGAUUAAAAUGUAUAUAUAAAUCAUAUAUACCUAUAUGCCUACAUAUAUACGAUAUAAUACCUACAUACCUACCUACAUACAUACAAACAUAGAUAGCUAGACAGGCAGACAGGCAGAUAGAUUGGUACGCACAUACAUACUUACAUACAUACAUAUAUAUGUAUUGAUAACACGUAACAGUUACGGACCCAUACUUCAGAAUCUACGCUAGACGUGGUAUCUUUGCCACACUUGCCUGACACAAACCCCAGACCCAGCGUCGGUGUGUUUUGCCAGUUUAAUGCAUAUUGUGUGACCAAGGUUAGCGACUGCAUUCAAGGAUAACGAAGAAUAGGGCGUUACCUGAAAGAAAACACUGUGUGUGAUCUGUUCUACCUGUUAAAUAAUAAUAAUAGCUGUACUCGAGAUGGGAGCAUUAACAACGUCUCCGAACACAAUUUGCAAGCAAGUGUCCAUCAGAUGGUAAAUGCGAUAAUGGGUUUGGAUUUUUAUGUUUUAAAAACACUAUGAUUGCAGCUGUUAACUGGGAAGAAAUUAUUUAUCAGAAAAAAAUAUUGCAUGUCGAUUAACGUAUCAUACAUUUCAUUGUAAAUGAAAAUUCUCUAUUCUUGGGUUCCUUCGUUAAAAUGACAAAUGUAAGACCUUUUUUCCUUACCAUGAUGGUGGUAUUUGGGGGGUGGGGGUGGUCCAUGACAAUUUACAGGGGUAUCAUGACUAACGCUGUAAUUCAAUCGGGCCUUUGUGGGGAGUGGGUGUAAUUAUUAUAUUUAAUAUUUUAUUAUUAUUUGUUUUGUAUAUUGUUGCUGUUUUUGGAGAGGAGGGUUUUUUCUCAUACUCUCUUGGUUUUGUGAACAUAUCUGCAGAACUCUCUUGUACAUCGAUACAAUUUCCAGUGGUCACCGCUGUGCUUGUGUGGUAAAUGGCAUUAUGUAGAGAAAGGAAAAACAUCGAGCACAUAUCUUAAA